AGCACAAGUCCACGACCCCUCGCACCCUUGAGCAACGUCACCAAGGACACCAACCGAUUAAUCUAUGCAAAAGAUUCUCAAAAGUCAGCUUCACGCGCAACAAACAAGCGUGGCUAAUUCUUGGAGUUGCCCCUUUCAAUUUUGUUUAUGGAAGAUUAGCCAAAUAGGCCAAAUUACCAAGGACCAAACCCAUUCACGACCGUUCACUUCUCGACGCCGGUGAUCCUUUUUCACCUCCAAAUCAAUCCUAAUCUUCAAUAUUAUUUCAAUAUCAUUGUUGUAAUCCCUUCAAUUUUUCUGAGUUUCCUUCCAAAUUCAAGUCUUUUUUAUUACAGGAUCUGAAACUGGAAGGUUAUCCCAAUAUUUUUUAAAGGCCAAAUAUGGAUGGACACCCUGCUAUAUCCAUUCAGAGAUCUGGUCCAAGACAAUUGGGUGCCUCUGGAGCUCUGUCUUCAUCCUUGCCAGUCCUUUCUAGUACCUUGGAAGAGAAGUAUCCUAAAUUGCCUGACUCCCAGCAGGUCUCUAUGGAAAGGGAGCUUGUUACUGAUCCCUCGAUCUUUCAUUCAAAUCCAUUGCCGUCCAAUACUCUUGUCAACCAUAUGUUCUCAUCUUCAUCAGGAUACUCUCCCGAUGUUCAUUUCUCUCCUGCCUCCCGUGAAAACUAUUCUAGUAACUCCCCGUAUAUACCUCCAUCUGCUAACAAUGGAUCGUCAUUGGCUCUAAUGCCUUCUACUCGCACAGAUCUUAUUCAUUCAUCUACAUCUAGUAAUUAUACUAGAGGAAACAACAACCUCUCAUGGUGCUCAGAUUCAGGAUCUGGUUUCCCUGAUUUUACCUCCCACAGCUCCAUGUCAAGUGGCCACAUCCAGGGAAAUGGUGAUGGUGGCAGUAAUCUUGUAACACAUGAAGACCUUGUCAAGCGUCAUGAUUGGCAGGAAUGGGCAGAUCAGCUAAUCACUGAUGAUGAAUCACUUAGUUCUAAUUGGAGUGACUUGCUUAUUGAUGCCAAUGCCACAGACCAUGGAAUGAAGAUGUCAAAUCAACUAGUUAAUUCAACUUCAAAUUUGUUGAUGCACCCAACACAAAGUCAGCAGCAGCCUUCUAUAUCAUCAGCAGAAGUUGCAGCAGUUGCAAGCCCGGCUUCCACAGGUAGUGGUCCAGCCAAGUCACGGAUGCGCUGGACCCCAGAGCUUCAUGAAGCCUUUGUGGAAGCAGUCAGUAAGCUUGGUGGCAGUGAAAGAGCUACCCCUAAAGGUGUUUUGAAGCUGAUGAAGGUUGAAGGCUUGACCAUCUAUCAUGUGAAAAGUCACCUGCAGAAAUAUAGAACAGCUCGAUACAGGCCAGAGCCUUCUGAAGGUUUAUCUGAAAAUUUGUCAACUCCUGUUGCAGACUUGUCAUCUUUAGACCUGAAAGCGGGUAUGGAUCUCACAGAGGCAUUAAGGCUGCAGAUGGAAGUUCAAAAGCGUUUGCAUGAGCAGCUUGAGAUUCAAAGAAAUUUACAGCUGCGAAUAGAAGAGCAAGGAAGAUACCUCCAGAAGAUGCUUGAAAAGCAGUCCAAGUCUGGGGCUGAAAAUCUCAAGAUUGAUUCUUUGACAGUUGAAGAGCCUUCUUCCCAGGCAUCACCAAUAACUGGGAAGGAUGUAGGUCUUGAGGGUGCAUCUGCUCGAGAUCAAAAUGACACAGGAAAGCCAACUGAUGCUCCCUCAACACCUGGAGAGACGUCAGGAAGGAGAGAAGGAAAGGCACCCAGAACUGAAAUUGCUGAGCGUCAAAACCCUUGUGAUAAAGAUUUGUCGGAUCUGCAACCAUGUAAACGCAGUAAAAAAACUGAGCCAAACUUACCUGCAACUUCAAAACCUCCUGAAGAUUGAGUGAACCAUAUCAUGAAACCGUUGCUGCUUCCGUUCUUAUCUAGUGUGGUAGAUGUAGCCAAGGCCGUGUUUCAAACACGAGAUAUAGUAGUAACACUUAUGGACUUCAGUAUUGCUUAUAAAGAGUAAGCUUGAAAUAUGUAGAUGUUCCUUGCCCUCAACCCCUCUAAAUUUCCAUCUAGAUAAAAGGAAAACUGGGGCAGUAUUAGUUGAUCAUGGCACCCGAUGGCUCAUUUGUUUUGCUUAGCCUGUAAUUUAUACUGUCCUAGUACAUACUGAGUAAUGCAGUUCAGGUGUCACCUAGCUGUAUUCUUACGGUUUGCUAGAGAGAUUAUAGUAAUAAAGCCCUAGCAUGAUGUCAGCGAAUUCUAUCCCCUGUACAGUGAUGAUCCUCCCCAUGGAAAUGAAUGAGAUGACUUUUUGAUUAGCUUCAGUUUUCUCGGAUUCGACUUUCUGCCGUAACAUCAUCAUCAACUAGCUUAUUGAUGCAGUGAUAUUUUUCUGGGUAUUUGUUUUACUGACGCCAGAAAAGGAAACUGGUAUUUCUUGGGGCAAUGGUCAUUUAUAUCUGUUAUAAUGUUCAUUCAGUCUUAACUUUCUAUGUUGUUUACUGUCAACAGUUUGGAGUUUUGUUGUACGGUCAAUGUCAUGAAAGGCACCCCUCAGCCAAGUAA